AUGACCCAAGAACAAGCAAAGGCUGUCACUGAGACAACUCCUGAGCCUGUCGAGGCCAAGCCCGUCCCUCCGCUUCCUGCCGGUGGUGAAGCUGCUGGAACAACAGAAGAGGCACCCGCGCCAUCACCGUCCAAGUCCAACAACACCGCAGGCCGUCGACUGUCUCUUUUGAUUGGCAAGGCCAAAAAGUCCAUCUCUACAGCUGCUGAAAAGCUCGGAUCGCCUGACGAGCCCCAUCCUCCAGCAAAGGCAGCUGACAGUAGCAGCGAACCUGCUGCCAAAAAGAAAGAAGCUCCAGCUGCAUCUGCGCCUGCUGCGACUGAAGAACAUCCAGUCCAGGCCAGCAAUGAUGACUCUGCAGCUGCAGCGGAUAAGACCGAAAAGAGAAGGUCGCUGUUUAUGUUUGACACUAUCUUUAACCGCAGCAAGGGUUUGACAAGAGAGAGCAGCCCUUCCGCUACCAAGGAGGAAGAAGCCAAAUCUGCUGAUGAACCACAUGCUGAUAAAGCUCCAGAAGGUAACACAUCUGGUAAAGGUUCUGCCGAUGUCCCGCCUGUACCUCCUCCGAAGGACGAUGCUCCAAAGGACGGUGCUGCUCAUCACAAGGAUACUGUGAUUGAUCAACUCAAGCGCAGAGCUACGGAGGUGAACCACUUCUUUGACAAGAAGCGAGGCAAGUCUUCGACAUCUGCUGAAACGGCUGAUGCUGCCCCUACUGCGACUGAAGCCAAACCUGACGAUGCACCAGCAGAACAAGCACAACAGGAAUCGUCUUCUGGUGCAGAGAAGAAACCAGCUUCUCAACUUGGUCGUCGCCUGACCAAGAUUCUCCACUCGUUCCCUGCUAAGAAGAAGGAAACGACUGCCGAAGCUUCCAAGAAGGAGGCUACUGUUGAUACACCAGCCGCUGCCGUCCAAGACCAACAGAUUCAUCCCGCAGCUGCUAGCACAACAACACCCACCGUUCAAGCAACCGCCUAAAUGCACGUUCUCCUACACUACUGAUAACCAGUAGUGAAUGCACAACAAUGGGAAGAUUGAUCUCUCUUUGCUUUCUUUUUUUGCUUAACUUUAUAUCCUUCUACUCUAUCCAUCCCCAAUAAUCUCGAGUGCUGCUUCCCUUCUCUGUAUUUUUCUUUUAUCUUUUCUUUAUUAUUCUUACAUAUCUGUUAACAAACUACAUAUUUCACUUUAAUGAAACCUUACUCUCUAUCUCUUUCUCUCCAAGUGUUGCUGUCUUAUAUCUUAUAUAAUGGAUAUUUGUAUUCCUUUGCAGCGAAUUGUAAUAAUGCCAAGACACACAUACGUAAAGUUUCAAGGUCUUUUAAAAUGAUGUGCAUCAUCACACUCUGGUGAGCCGAAAAAAUU